GAAAGGGGAAGGUUGGAGAUCUUUAAAGAAAAUGAAGCAUUAAUCUGAAAUAUUUGCUAAUGUAUCUUUAAAGUAAUAGGUAACUGAACUCAACGGCCAUACUUUUGGAUGAAGAAACAAAUUAGAUCGAUUGAUUGAGUGUUGUGGAUUGAAUCAUUGGAUUGAUUUACCUGUUACUUACAUUGUAAUAUUAUAUUACACAAGUCGUUUGAUCUUUCAUGUUAUGAACGGUCGUGUUGUUUGGCUAUAAAUUACCUAUUUCCUACACACGCUUUUAUGAUGUAUUUGUGCAAGGAGACACUUACUACGGAUAACAGAACAUAUGCCGUUAUUUUCAUUUCCAUGUCCUGAGACGCAUAUCUUAAGAGAACAGUGUCAUAUUUUCCUUACGGAUGUCAAAUACUUCUAUGUGUGCAUUGACAAUGUGAUUUUAUAGUUCACACAAAACAGGAUUCAACCAAUAGAAGCUGUAUUGUUAGUAGUCUUUUUUCCAAAUCUCGUAACCUUAUAAUAUAACAGAUCAUGAGAAUAACAUAGUCAUUUAUGAGUGUUAAACUGGCUUUGUAUGAUUGUCUUUUUUGUUGACGAGUUUUUCGUAAUAUUACGUAAACAUUGUUUUUGCAAAUGCAAUAUUGUGUUACAUCGUCCCGAAAGAGAACAUAUUCAAAUCACGUUAAAACAUAGCAAGGAACUGCGUUAUCAUUUACCGUUGAAUCGAACAUGUGUAAAAUCCUAUUUGAUGACAAUACAACAAACUGGGAAAUUGUUCUUGACUUUGAACCCAUGUGAGUAAGAUAUGUCGCAACGCUGUUCCUUGACAUUGUUCAACUAUAAAACCGGUUAUUAACCGACGAAUUCUCUUCAAACCACACUUGACCUUACCAGGUUUACAAACACUACGAUGACGACAUCAGAUUUCGGACACCUUACGGUGACCUUUCAACCCCAAAAUGUUACGUCACAAGCCGUUGAUGGAAACUUGACAGAACCGGAAGGGGAGCUUACCGCAGACGGUAUCAUAGUUCCGGUCAUCUGGGCGCUACUGGUGAUCACAGGAACAAUAGGUAACGGAAUAGUGAUAUAUAUACUGAGCCGAUACGGCGAACGGACGGUGACCAAUAUUUAUGUGAUCAACUUGGCGUUCUCGGACCUCACCUUCAUUGUGAUAGUGCUACCUAUUACGGCCAUACACUUUGUAAUACCGACGUACAUGUUUGGGGAGGCCUUGUGCAGGAUCAGUAUCUACCUUAUAUAUGUCACUCUGCACGCAACCUGUCUGACAUUGAUGGCAAUGACCAUAGAUAGGUACUUCGCCAUUGUCUUUCCUAUACAGUCCAUGAACUGGCGGAACGCUCCCGUGGCCACAAUUGUCAGCGUGGCGGUCUGGAUAGUGUCAUGUCUAAUAUCGCUGCCAUACGUUCUGUUCACGAAGCUCAUAGAAGAAAAUGACGUUAGCGUGUGCACCCAAAAAUGGCCAAUAGAGGGCAUGGCGAAGGGUAUGGCUUUAGGCGUGGUCAUUACUUCAUACAUCCUACCCCUGGGCGUCAUACUCGGCUGUUACGGAAAAAUUCUCCAAUACCUGUGGUGGGGAAGCAAAUUAAAGAAAACUGACCACGAUUCUAAUGGAGCUCCUAUGUCAUUGAAAAGUAAAGCCCAACAGAACCGGAAGCGUCGCGUUACGAGGAUGGUGUUGGUGGUGGUUCUGCUGUUUGCCGCCUGCUGGCUCCCUAUACACGUCAUCACGCUUUGGAUGGCUUUUGAUCCAAAUUUUCCAUUAAUAGACCCUCUGCUCAUUUUCAAAAUAUUUUCUCAUACAUUAUCAUACGCUAAUUCCUGUGUGAACCCGUUUGUGUAUGCAUUUUUAAACGAUGGGUUUCGAAAGGCAUUUAAGAGGAGGUUUCCAAGUUUUAGUCGUUGGUGCAGCUGCCUGUGCCGGAACACUAAGGAAUGCCAAGAAACUAGUAUGAUAGACAAGGCGGUGGAGGCUAAACCUGGCCUCGAGCAGUCCGAACUCCUUACUACCACACAGACACUUAAGCGUACGUGUACGUGAUGGCUGCGUGUUGUCGUACAGACAUCUAUUACUACGAUUAACCACCAGGUAUGGGUAGAAUCAGCUUUAUUACUCCAUCCUAUUAAACUAGACGACAAGUGUCGUGUACACGGAUCCAUUGACUAACUGCUUGUUCAGUUUGACGUAAAACUUGGCACAGGACAGAACCGACUGACGUUGCGACAUACAAUCAUCGGCCUGUAGCAUAUGAUGUAAUGGUAACAUCACUAUAUAACACAGGUUUCAUGUCUCAGUUCUUCUCGGCCAUUGACCUUAGUCACAAAACACAUAGAUACAUCUAUAAUCCAUCGACCAUAGCAGUUUCGAAGACGUAAAACUCCAAACAAACAGACAGACAGAUGAUCAUUUAUGUAUAUGCAGUAUUUGCAUAUAUGUGUGCUAUGGCUACUGUGUUUACUGUGCUGAUGUCUGACGAAAAGUGCUUGUUUUUGUAAUGUCGCUGGCGGUGAACAAAUACAGAAUAACUAAUGUAGGGCACUUUUUACAAAUCGAACUUUAGAAAUGGCCGAGAUCCUCUGAAACAUGAACAAUGUCACUAUUUUUAUCACUGGCUGAGCAUUUAAAUAUUAGGUUAUGUGCAAAGCGUAAAGUCAUGUCUGAACAAUGUGUUCUGAACAACAGGUUAAGGAUCGCGUGACGUCUGUAUUACUUGCAAUAAAGCAGAAUGUAACGUACUAUAGGCUUUCUGUAAACAAAAGAAAACUAAAUCAUAUAAUCAACGGAACGUAUGUAAUGCGGUUAUUUAUCUCACUCAAGAAAUGUCUUAACUUAUGGGUAGAACAGAUUUUGCUUAUAUAAGUUUUCCUCCAUGGCGUACCAUGUGUAUGGUGUACCAUGUAUAUUAAAAUAACACAAUAAAAUAAUUAUCAAAACAUAUUUUGGAGCCGUGUUUUAGGAUAUCCUGAGACUACCUGACAAAGUAUCAUCACCCUAAAAUAUGCAAACCGCAGGACGGAUUGAGAGGACGAUGACUCUUUGCUUUUGUAUCUAACUAAAAGUCGUUUAAACUGGUAUAUCAUAUUAUCAAGUAAGCAUGGUAAAGCGAAAGCAUUGUACAUACUUCGUACCAUGCUUGUCAUUAUUUGCUAUAUGUAGAUAAUUUUAAUUGUAAAUAGAUAUACAUUUUAUCUGAUGUGUUAUUGAAGUACCUUUUCACAGCAAAUGUAAAGAGUUUUCGUGUUCUUAACUGUUAUGACUAAAUACAGCUUCAGACAUGUUCUAUAGUGAACACUUUGCCUUUUUUUAAACAUAUAUAUGAGUAAGUAAUUUACAAAUUGUUCGUUUACAAAAAACAUUUCUAGUUAAAAUACAUUAUUUCUUAUUUUAAACUCUCAAACGAGAGUUAAUGAUUCUUAUUUGCAGUAUUAAUCACUUAAUGGUAAUUAACUAUAAACAGCUUCUUAAAUUAAGGAAAUGAAAUGAUAGAAUAUGCUUUGCUUAUCAUUUAUCAAAUCAACUGGAAUUAUCUUUAUUGGACAAUCAUCGUAUACAGAUAAAAGGAUUCAGCAUACAAUUUAAUUUUUGUGGCAUAUUAUGAGACGUAAUUCAAGACAGGUACUGAGUUUUGUGUUUUGUUCAAUGACGUUGAGACAUUAUAUCAUUACCGAAUUGUGUAAUGUGUUUUCCAUCUAUUUUAUACAUUAUUUAGUAGACGUCACAUUUAUUUGUAAAUAUAAGAUGACUAAACAUUUUAAGGUGUUUGUGAUAUACAUGUUUUAAUCUGUUUCUACAAUAUCGUUUUGAGAAAGGCCACCCGAAAAGAGCUAUUUUUUUAUAAUUAGAUUAACGUCUCCCGUCUCGCCAUUGUUUCAAUGUACAUAUACAGUGUGUGGAUCUAGGCAUGCGGUGACACGUGAAAUCAUUUAUACGCAUGCGCUUUAGUAUUUAAUCUUUACAUGUAGAAUUGUGUUGUGGCCAGUUUAAGUGCAAAGAAAAAAGGUAUUUGUUAAUUCUUAUUUAAGAUAGAUAUUUUCUUAUUUAAACUUAAGUACCUCGAAGUUGACACUGAAAGAAGCAUUGUUUAAAGUUACGCUUGACAGCUGGUUAAAGCAAACGUUCAGUCAUAGUAUCGAAAAGCAUUCCGAGAAAUGACUCCAAACGUAUGAAUAUUGAGAAGACUAAGUACAGUUUAAGGGCAUGCUUUGUUUGCAAAUAUUGCUCGUAUUUUUAUUAAUAUACAUUUUAUUAUCAGAAUUUGUAAAUACACCAUAGUUUGAUUCGUCUUGGCAUGCUUUCUUUUCAUUGAUUACUAACUGUUUAGCACGAUAUUGCUGUAAGGAAUUUUGUCAAUGAAACUAGAACAAAAUACCGUAUAAUACUAAAAAUACAAAAUGACAAAACAGGGUAACGUUGAAUAGUUCCUUAUGUCGAUAUCUUAUGUGUUCGUGUGAUUGUUUUCGGUAAUAUCGUGCUAUUCUUAAUUUAUUAUAACUUAUCGUGUAUUUGAUGUUAUGUAAUGAAUCACAUGUAUUAUAUUCGUAUAGUAAACACUUAAUUGCGGUAAAAAGCAAGUACCCUAUACACAUCUGAUCUAGAUUAUCUAUUAUUCCCGUGAAUACUAUCUGUUGGCCUAUCUAACUUCUGUGGCCGUGACCUAUCUAACUUCUGUGGCCUAUCUAACUUCUGUGGCCUAUCAAGCGUACAUGGUAUUAAUAUUGUUAUCAACAUAAAUAUCAUCAUCUGUUCAGAUUUAGACUUAAGAAUUGUCCACGUAUUGCAACCUUUGUUCUUCAUUUAUCUCGAAACGUCCUGUAUAUUAUCCUUGGUGUGUUAUUUACUUACGGAGGAAAAGAUGAACAAUGAUGCCUAUAGAUGCAUAUAUAUAUAUAUAUAUAUACUUACGAAGAAGAACUAUGAUAUCUAUAUAUAUGCAUAUGUAUAUAAAACUAAAUCCGCCUGAAGAAGCCCUAGAAGGAAGAAAGGCCUAGCAGACGAUCUGAAAGAUUUAUGUUUUUUAUUUUAUAUGCAUGCAUACAUACUUACGAAGGAGGACUAUGCUACCUAUAUAUAUAUAUACUAACGAAGAAGAACAAUGAUACCUAUAUAUACUAGUAUAUAUGUAUAUGUAUAUAUUUACGAAGGAGAACAAUGAUACCUAUAUAUAUGUAUAUAUA